UGUUUCUGUUCUCUUUUUAUUUGUGGUUUAUCCUACCCAUUUCAACGAUGGCAGAUGAAGAUCAACGUAUUGCCGACAUCCAACUGGAGUAUCUAAACUUUCUUGACGAUGAAGAAGACCAGGGUACGUACACCGCGCACGUUCGCAAGAUGAUCAACGACAAAAGCAAGCGGCUGGUCGUAAACAUUAAUGAUAUCCGGCGUAAGAACGCGGCACGCGCAACGGCCCUUCUGAACAGUGCCUUCGACGAGCAGCUUGCGUUUUCGCGUGCGCUCAAGGAAUACGUAUCGACUAUCGAUCCCAGCUACGCAAAGACACACGAAGACUUUCACGUCGCGUUCGAAGGCAGCUUCGGGAACAAGCAUGUUACGCCCCGGUCGCUGACCUCCCGCUUUCUGGGAAGUCUCGUGUGCGUCGAAGGGAUCGUCACGAAGGUGUCGCUCAUCCGGCCGAAAGUGGUGAAAAGCGUGCACUACUGUGCGGCCACCAAGAAGGUUAUGGAACGACGGUACACAGAUCUUACCUCGUUCGAGGCGAUCCCGUCGAGUGCGGUUUAUCCAACGAAGGAUGAGGAUGGCAACGUGCUCGAAACGGAGUUUGGUCUGUCCGUGUACAAAGAUCAUCAGACGCUCAGCAUCCAGGAGAUGCCGGAAAAAGCGCCGGCCGGACAGUUGCCUCGAUCGGUGGACGUGGUGUGCGACGAUGAUCUCGUGGACCGCUGCAAGCCAGGCGAUCGGGUGCAGAUCGUUGGAAACUAUCGGUGUCUGCCGGGCAAGCAGGGCGGCUACACGACCGGAACGUUUCGCACCGUCAUGAUAGCCAACAACGUGUCGCAGCUAAGCAAGGAAAGUUCGCUGAGUGUGACCCGCGAGGAGAUUAAUAUGUGCAAAAAGCUGGCGAAGAAUAACGACAUUUUUGAUUUGCUGUCGAAAAGCUUGGCACCAUCGAUCCACGGCCAUGAGUUCGAAAAGAAAGCGAUCCUUUGUCUGCUGCUCGGAGGAAUCGAAAAGAACCUUGCCAAUGGGACGCGCCUUCGAGGUGACAUCAACGUGCUGCUAAUCGGUGACCCAAGUGUGGCCAAAUCGCAGUUACUCCGCUACGUAUUGAAUACGGCACCCCGUGCGAUCACUACGACCGGCCGUGGAUCGAGUGGCGUCGGUUUGACGGCGGCCGUAACCACCGAUCAGGAGACGGGCGAACGGCGUCUCGAGGCCGGUGCUAUGGUGUUGGCCGAUCGUGGCGUUGUUUGCAUCGACGAGUUCGACAAGAUGAGUGACAUCGAUCGAACGGCCAUCCACGAGGUGAUGGAACAGGGCCGCGUGACCAUCUCGAAAGCCGGUAUUCAUGCAUCGCUGAAUGCUCGCUGCUCCGUGUUGGCUGCGGCCAAUCCCGUGUACGGCAGGUAUGAUCAGUACAAGACGCCGAUGGAGAAUAUCGGGCUACAGGACUCGUUGCUGUCACGUUUCGAUCUGCUGUUUGUCAUGCUGGACGUGAUCGAUAGCGAUCACGAUCGAAUGAUCUCGGAUCAUGUGGUACGCAUGCACCGUUACCGUAACCCAAAAGAGCAGGAUGGCGAUGUGCUGCCGAUGGGAGCCAGCGCCGUCGAUAUGCUAUCCACGAUCAAUCACGACUCGCUGGAGGACAAGGAGACGCCGAUGUACGAAAAGUAUGACCCACUGCUGCACGGAUCGUCACGCCAGCGCAGCGACCAGAUCCUGUCGAUGGAGUUCAUGCGCAAAUACAUUCACAUCGCCAAAUGUCUGAAGCCGAAACUGACCGAGGCCGCGUGCGAAAUGAUCUCGAACGAGUAUUCGCGGCUUCGCUCGCAGGAUUUGAUGGAUUCCGAUGUGGCGCGCACGCAGCCUGUGACGGCCCGUACCCUGGAGACGCUCAUCCGUCUGUCGACGGCACACGCGAAGGCGCGAAUGUCUCGCACGGUGGCCGAUAAGGAUGCCCAAGCGGCGAUCGAGCUGAUCCAGUUUGCGUACUUCAAGAAGGUGCUGGAAAAGGAGAAGAAAAAACGGCGCCGCACCGAGGAAGACGAAUCGUCUAAUGAAGAAGACGAGGACGCCGAGAAUGGCGGCGUGGAAGUCGUCGAGAAUGGAACCCAACAGGAGCCACGCCGUUCGAAGCGCACGCGCAUUGAGCGACCCGUUGACGAUGCGGAUUCGGAUCAUGAGCACAUACUCACAUCGCCUCCGGACCGAGGCGAUCUGACUCGGCGAGAAACGGUCGCGACGGUCUCGAGCGCAGGGUCAGCGGCCGCCGACACCGAGCCGAUGGACGAUAGCGAGGGCAGCGCGGAGGCCACCAUCAGCGAAGAUCGGCUGAAGCUGUUCCGGCAGGGUGUCCACCAUGCGUUCAGGCAGUUCCGUGACCAGGCGGUGGCUCUGUCACGGCUAACCAAGCACAUCAACGAAAACAGUGGCACCGAAGCGUUCACGAGCGGAGAAAUAGCGGCCGCCAUCAAUCGGAUGACCGAAAGCAACCAGAUCAUGGUCCACGACGACAUGGUCUUUCUAAUCUAAGCGCAAUCAUUUCAUUUUAAGAUUUUUC